AUGAAGUUCCUCGCCCACCUCGCCGUCGCUGCGACCAUCUUUGGCGCCGUCAGCGCAGGCCCCGUCCACGGCAACAAGCCCGCCAAGGACUGCAAGAAGAAGACUGGCGACCACGACGUCGUCCCCUGGGAUGCCAAGUACGCUACCGGUUUCAUCCCUGCCGGUCUCGAGCUCUGCCUGGCCAAGCAUAUGGGCCCGUACCUUCUCAACCCUAUGUACCAGGGUCAUUCCGAGCAUGGCCACGGAAGCUCCGGCCACGGAAGCCCCGGCCACGGCGGCGUCGGACCCGGCACCCCCGGCUCCAACAACGGCAGCCUCGGCGCCAGCCCCGAGCCCGGUUCGACCGAAGGCGGCCUCGGCGCCACGGCCCCGCUAGGAAGCUGCUUCGGCUGCAUCUUCACCGUGGCCAAGGAGGUGCCCUGCAUCUACACGGCCAUCAAGAACAGGGACCCUUCGGCCCUUCUGCAGUGCGGCAUCGGCAAGACCGACUCUUGGUGGGCUCGGCCUGACGGGGUUCUCUGCGUCUAG